AUGGCUACUUUUCCGUUACAUACCGCCAAUCUUGCUGGAUUCCUCAAUGAGAACUCAAGAUCAUAUGCGACAGACUUGGCUAAAGCACAAGAUUAUCAGCGUAGAGGUGCUUUUUCGUCCCUAGGGAAAAUCCAGGACAUCUCAUUUCAGAAGUCACUCGUGAAAGACCGUACAGCAACAAAGACAAAAAAUGGUGAACCCACCCAUAACACGUACUCUACAGAUCUCGGGUUAAUAGCCUGCAUUAUUAGAAAUGCAGGUCACGAUUUCUGUGGAUUAGAGAAGAGCAAACAUGAUGAACUUACGAAACCACUUUACAACGCUGCUCGUGAUGCGAAGAAGGCUUACAAAGAUCUUGGAGACACAGGAGAACGCCCAAUGGAUGGUACCAUUGAAGACUGGGAUGCAGAAUGUGCUAUGAUGAGAGCCUAUAACGAAGAGCAGAAUAAAAUCUAUGAUAAGCCGUAUCCAAACAAGUAUGAGAUCUAUGCGCUCCAGGAUGCAAAAAUUGGACUUUUCACAUCCCACUUUUACAACGUCCAUGCAAACUAUGGAACGUUGAAAAAUUUCAAGCACCCUGGUGUCAAUUGGAAGAAGGACAAUAUUUUCGUAUAUGACAAUGCUGGAAAUGCUUGUAUCCUUUGGAAUGACAGAAAGCAAGAUCGUAUCUCCGCUGCAAAAACAUCUGCUAAGAAACUAAAUGAUACAGAAGAUAAUGACCGCUACCUGAAUGAACCUUUUUUGCAAUCAAUGACUACACCUCAUUUUCCAGAAAUUGCGGAGUCAGUGGACCCAUCCUAUGUUGCUAAGGAACUCGUUCGCUUUGUUACCAGGUUUCGUAUGGAGUCUGAGUACAUCUUUUUAAACAGCAAGGAGGAACCUUUUGUAAUUGACACAUUUCGCAAUUGCAUUCAAAAUGCCUGGAGCAAAGCAACGAACAACAAAGACAAGAACUAUGGUGUCCGUUUGCUCCGUAGUGUGCAAAUUACGCAUAUUAGAAAGCGGCAUUUGAAGCGUGCGGCAUCUACCUUUAUGUCAAAACAACAUCACCACAACGAAGCAGAGAAUCUCGCCUAUUGCAAAGAUGCUGCCACAUAG